UAAUAAUAAUUGGAGUCUGCAGCCCUGUCGCAUAGUCUCUGUUUGUUCUCCACUGCGUGUGAAUCUCCUUCAAAGAACCGAAAGUUCUUCAUCCCUGUGAACGACUAGAGCUUCUUCCACCAUAACCUAAGGAAGCGAAAAUGAAAGAAAUUGUAACAAUCCAAGUUGGUGAUUAUGCCAAUUAUAUUGGCUCUCACUUCUGGAACUUUCAGGAUGAGUUGCUUGGGUUGGCUGGGGACCCUCAAGCUGAUUCCGUCUUCAAAAAUCAGGAUCUUAACAUGGACGCGCUUUAUCGUACUGGUGAGACACAUCAGGGCAUUGAUACAUACACUCCUCGCCUAGUCUCAAUAAAUAUGAGAGGAUCCCUUGGAUCUAUGAGCUCACAUGGUACAUUAUAUAAGGAGGUUGCUCCCACAACAUCAGAUGUUUUCACUUGGACUGGUGGUGUUUCAUCCCAAGCCUCUGAACCUCGGAAAAAAAAUUUGUUUCUACAAAGUCUUUAUGAAGAGGAAAACCAAAACAUGGUAACUGAGAUUAGUGGUUCAAACAGUGGUUCUCCGAGUAAGUAUCAGGAUAAGGAUAUAACCGAGAGUCUAGAAGAUGGAGUACAGUUUUGGACAGAUUACUCAAAAGUACAUUUCCACCCCCAAAGUCUCUAUGAAUUAAAUGGAGUAUGGACGGAUGUUGAGGAAUUUGACAAUUAUGGAAUUGGAAGGGAUUCUUUUUCUUGGGCUUCACAAGGGGAAGAAAUUAGUGACAGGCUUCGUUUUUUUGUUGAAGAAUGUGACCAUGUACAGGGAUUUCAAUUUGUAGUUGAUGACUCUGGAGGUUUCUCUUCUGUGGCUUCUGAGUUUCUAGAAAACAUUGUGGAUGAGUAUACAAACACUCCUGUCCUACUGUAUGCUGCCCGUGGUUCUCGUUCACGAGCAAAUCUUCAGACCAGGAAGCGUACAAUCUUAGAGGAGCUUCAUGAUGCUAUAUCAUUUUCAAGACUAUCGUCCUACUGUAAACUAAUUGUACCUAUUGGUGUUCCCUCCUUAGGUAGAGCUUCCAAGUUCCUCCAUAUUGAAGAUGAGAAGCAUUACCACUCAAGUGCCGUUUAUGCUGCUGCACUACACUCCAUUAGUCUUCCAUUCCGAAUGUUACCAGUUGGGCCUACUGCUGAUGCAAGUUCUGUUUCUGGGGCUGUGGAUUUUCAUGGACUUAUUCAAAUGUUAUCAGGGCAAGGAAGGCAGAAUAUGGUGUCAAUUCUGGAUGUUUCCAUGCCAACACCUGCUUUAACUGGGGGACAGAAUGAAGUGUCUUUGUUAGAAAAUUUUCAGCCGUUGACCCCAAUGAUUUCUGAGGAUGGUGAAGACAUACAGGCAAUUGAGCAGUUGACAGUACAUGGAGCUUUUGCAUCAGUAGAAGGUCGUCGCGCUUCAGUUUCAGAAGUAAAAGAUUCAUUGGAUGCUGCUUUUGAGCGUGCUAAUACAAGGCCAAUGUUCAGCCAUCUAUCUGUUGCGCUUUGUCCUCUGCCUAUUCCCUUGCCUUUUCCAUCAAUCUUUGGAAAUCAAGUUGGCAAGCACGGUGAAUUGAUGGGCAGCCAACUGACUAAUUCUUCAUCAAAAGGAUCCUUUGACGUCCAUUCCAUUCCCAUGGCUGCCAGAUUACGUUCCAGCAGCGCUGUCUUACCACUUUUGGAGAAUAAACUACAAAAUCUUCACCGGUAUGGAAUUACGCGAGGAGCAGCAGGGGCAGAGAUACUUAGGAGUUGGGGCUUUGGACAAGAAGAACUGGUGGAAAUGCAAGAGAUGUUGUCUAAAAUGGUUGCUACAUUGUGUCCUCCUCAAUUGUCAUCCGAUUCAGAUUAGAAUGCAUACAUAUCAUACUUUGUUCUUGGUUUCAAAACACAAGAAGAAAGGAACAUCUCUGUAAGUUAUGGAUUGUGUCUUUGUAACAAUUUUGACCCAUGCUGACUGGUUGCUCAAGCCUUUUGAUCUGCUUAGUCUCCCCUACCUACAUGGUUGAUUUUAGUUUUCUCAAGUCUAGUUGAUAUGAAGAAGGGUCAUAAGAAAUGACAUUGGUGCUUUGCUCUGUGACUCCAUGCUGGCUUUUAGGACCUCGUCUGUGGGAUUAAUCUUGCCCUUUAAGCAUUCAUGAAAAGCUUGCAAUAUAUUCUUAACAAAGAUAUCUACAGAGGCUCUUCAUUUGCUUGUUAAAGGGCAUAAGCUCGUGCUGAGACUGCAUGUAUUUUUGGAGGUUGUUAACGGUUAUUUCCAAUAUAUUAUCAAUAUCAGUGACUGCUGGUACUGAAUUUCCAAGAUAAAAGUCCUUAAGAGUUUUGGGUUUGCAGUACAAUCAAAACAUUUAAUUUAAUUGUUAUAUUAUAAACAAGUUAUACAACAAUUUUCUAUCUUCAAUUUAUUUUGGGUACAAAGAGUACUAUGUAUGAACUUGUAAAUCAACAAAAAAGCUCAAAAUGUAUUUGGUCUAUAAUUUUAAAACCAUGUACGUUUUGACUGCUGUUUAUACUUCCGGAGAGACCAUUUCUCAAACAUGUAGAGGCUGACCUCUCUAUACACAUGCUUUGCAAAUUAUAUUCAGUUUUAAAUUGAAUAAAAAUCAUCUUUAAAAAUGUAUUAAUAUACAAAAUAGACGAUU